AUGGGAAUUAAAGGUCUUUCUCAGGUGUUGGCGGAUAAUGCUAGUUCAAGUGUGAAACAUAAUGAUAUUAAAAACUACUUUGGUAGAAAGGUAGCUAUUGAUGCGUCUAUGAGUCUGUAUCAGUUUCUUAUCCAAGUCCGUGGACAGGAUGGCCAACAAUUAAUGAACGAGCAGGGAGAGACUACUAGUCACUUGAUGGGAAUGUUUUAUCGGACAUUACGAAUCGUUGAUAAUGGUAUUAAGCCUUGCUUUGUGUUUGAUGGAAAGCCACCGACUUUAAAGUCAGGCGAACUGGCAAAGCGAUUUGCUCGUCAUCAAAAGGCCAGAGAAGACCAGGAAGAAGCAAAGGAAGUCGGAACUGCUGAAAUGGUGGAUCGAUUUGCUAAACGAACAGUAAAGGUCACACGCCAACACAAUGAAGAAGCCAAACAUUUACUUGACCUGAUGGGGAUUCCGUAUGUAAAUGCCCCCUGCGAAGCUGAAGCACAGUGUGCGGAAUUAGCAAAAUCAGGAAAAGUUUAUGCUGCUGCUUCCGAAGAUAUGGACACUUUAUGUUUUCGGGCUCCAAUUCUGCUCCGUCAUCUUACCUUUAGCGAGCAAAGAAAGGAACCUAUCAGUGAAUACUAUUUUGACAAGGCCAUAGAAGGGUUGAACAUGCCAGUGGAGCAAUUUGUCGACUUGUGCAUUUUGUUAGGUUGUGAUUAUUGUGAUCCAAUUCGCGGUGUUGGACCAGCAAGAGCCAUAGAGCUAAUUCGUCAAUAUGGAAGCCUUGAAAAAUUUGUCAAAGAGGCAGACCGAACGAAGUUUCCUAUUCCAGAAGACUGGCCGUAUGAUGAUGCACGCAGGUUGUUCUUGGAAGCGGAAGUUAUUCCAGGAGAUCAAAUGGAUUUGAAAUGGAAAACACCUGACAAGGAAGGUAUAAUCAAGUUUCUUGUGACCGAAAAAGGCUUUAAUGAAGAUCGUGUUCGAUUAGGUAUUUCUAGACUAGAAAAAGCAUCAAAAACCGUACCACAGGGUCGCUUGGAUUCUUUCUUCAAGCCCGUACCUUCGAGUCCCAAAAAGCCUGCUGAAACUGGCAAAGGAGCAAGCGGAAAACGGAAACGUGACACGAAAGCUACUGGAGGCAACAAAAAGCGAUAG